CCCCAUUAGCCCCGACUUACAGUAGUUCUCCGAGGCUUGUUUAUACAGUAGCGGCAUCACGUGUCGCAUAGUAGUGCCUCGUCACGUCCGGGUCCGACCACAUCGAACAACGCGUUCGUACGAGAGUGGUAACAUAAAUACAACACCACAAGUCCCAAGACACCUCAAACAUCCCAAGGAGGAAUUCAUCAUAUAUACGGACCCAACAUUCUACUCCAAACAACGAUACCCACAAAGACAAGAUGGAUAAAUCGACACCCAACUACGCACUCCACUCCAUCCUCGCCGCCUACGGUCUGGCCCUCGCUCCCACUUUCUACGCAACCCUCAGGAUGAUGGCUGCUACUGGCGGGAAAUGGUCUUUCAGCAUGCCAAGAACAAAUAUGGAGGCGCUGAAAGGGAAAGUCCCAUCUAGUGUUUGGAACUCAUCUUAUAGAGCACAAUGCGCACAUGUUAAUGCCAUGGAGGGGUUUCCGCUUUUUGCUGCUGCUAUGAUUGCUGGAACCGUAGCUGGUAUCCCCAGCGAAGACCUCAACCGUAGCGCGGUACAAUACUUGGGUCUGAGAGUCCUUUAUACAGGUCUUUAUAUUGGUAUCGAGAACAAUAUUUUGGCAUUUGCGAGGUCGGGAGCCUGGGCUUUGGGAUUGGCUGUUCCGGUGUUGACACUUUGGAGGGCUGGGGAGAGGGUUGCUGGAGGCAUGUGAGGGAACAGUGGACGCUCGAAAAACGAGGGAGGGACAGGAAUUGAGGAAACAGGUGGUGGAGAUCCUUCCCACACCUAACGAGUUUUGGAAAGUUUAAAUUAUAUUAUAGCAACGAGAGUGACGACUUCUAGCUAAACUUUUGCGGCAGCAGCGCUUCUUGCUUCGCCCAAGUCAACAUAGUCCU